CCAGGUCUGCUGUGGGUCCAGUUCCCCUGUGAGCCAGCUGACCUCACCUGAUUGGUUGUUCUGGCUGAACAAACUGUAGAGGUCAAAGGGCAAAGUCACAUGGAGUCAAUGCACCAGAGAGUGUUUGUGUGACUGAAAUCAGCCAAUCAGAGGAGAGGACACUGACCUCCUCUUCCUCUUCCUCCUCUUCCUCCUGGUGACUCUGCAACCUGACGAUGCUCAGCAAAGGAAGCUCCUGCUGCUACUCCUUUGAUGACUACAAGCUGACCACCGAAUGGCUCCAGAACCAGACCCGGCACCGACCCAAAGUGGCUGUGAUCUGCGGGUCCGGACUCGGCCUGUUGGCUGAAGCCGCCGCUGAGAAGCAGACCUUCAGGUACCAGGACAUCCCCAACUUCCCCGUUAGCACAGUCCCAGGCCAUGAAGGAUGCCUGGUGUUUGGGACGAUCGAGGAGACGCCCUGUGUCUUCAUGAAGGGACACUUCCACCUGUACGAAGGUUACUCCCUCUGCCAGGUGACCUUUCCAGUUCGGAUCUUCAAGCUGCUGGGUGUGGACUCUCUCCUGAACCAGGUUCUGGUGUUUAAUACGUCCUCUCCUCUCACCAUCUGGACUCAGAUGAGAGAAACCCGACCCCAUCAGAACCGCCACCGGGCCGGACCCUUCCCACUUUCAGAACCGCCACUACUGCUGAGAGAACCAGAACCAGAACCAACAGACUCUGACCUGGUUUCCGUGGAGUCGCUGCCAGAUCGUCUACUGGAAACUUUCCUCACUUGGAGACGAAGAACGCUGCAGCAGCCGGAGCUUCUGAUGGUUCUGACGGGCCGGCGGGUCCAGCAGCUUCUGCUUUCCGCUCAGCGUCUGCUUGUCUGUCCAGGAAUGUCGAUGGUCCCUGAAGUCACUGUGGCGAAGCACUGCGGACUCAGAGUUCUGGGUUUGACCCUCGUCACCAACAAGGUGUCCCUGGACUACAGCCGUGAGGAGAAGGUGAACCAUGAUGAGGUCCUGGAGAUCUGCAAGAUGAGGGCGGAGCUUCUGCAGAAGCUGGUCUCCACUUUGAUUGGCCGCUGUCAGCAGAACAUCAACACACACUGAGACACACACACACACACA